AUGGACGUUUCUCGCAACGCGUCGGGCACCGAUGCCCGCGAUAACGACAACAAUCUUCCCACCAGUAACGACACGUUGGUUUCGAAUGACCAUGGCAACCCGGAGAGUGGCCCCAAGAAUGGGGAUAUGGAGCAAGAGAAACAAAUCGAUCCUAUGGCCAGCCGGAUCGACGGUGGUGUGGAAUACAAGAGCAUGGUCUGGUGGCAGGCGGGCAUGGUUAUGGUGGCUGAAACCAUCUCUCUCGGGAUUCUCUCUCUGCCGGCUGCGAUGGCAACGCUGGGCAUCGUCCCGGGUCUUAUUCUGCUCGUGCUGCUGGGGGCGAUGGCAUCGUAUACCGGGUUUGUCAUCGGACAGUUUAAGAGGCGAUACCCUCACAUUCACUCGAUGGCCUGCGCCGGUGGAGUGUUGUUUGGUAAAUGGGGAAACUUCAUUCUCGGCUGGGGUCAAUUUUUGUUCUAUGUCUUUAUCAUGGGCAGUCACAUCUUGACCUUUUCGAUAAUGAUGAACGCCAUCACCGACCACGGGGCGUGUACCAUUGUCUGGAUGGUGCUAGGCACCAUUAUGAGCCUGAUUUUCACAUUGCCCCGGACGUUGAAACACCUGUCCUACUACUCGAUUGCCAGCUUCGUGAGUAUCAUCGGUGCGGUCAUGAUCACCAUGGUCGGGGUGUCGAUCACGCAGCCGGGGGCGGGCCCAGACGGGGUCCUUCAUGUUCGUCUCUGGCCACAACCAGAUCUCAGCUUCAGGGACGGGUUCAACGCGGUGUCGAACAUGGUCUUUGCGUAUGCCGGUCACGUUGCAUUCUUCACCUUCAUCUCCGAGUUGAGGAACCCACAUGACUUUCCCAAAGCCCUCGCGUUUCUGCAAUGCAGUGACAUUUCCAUGUACAUCAUCACGGCGGUGGUGGUGUAUUACUACGCCGGAGACAAUGUCGCCAGUCCGGCGUUGGACAGUGCGAGUACUGUGGUCAAGAAGGUUGCGUACGGGGUGGCAAUUGUGACGAUUGUCAUUGCCGGAGUGGUCAACGGGCAUGUCGGGGCCAAGUUCCUGUACGUACGACUGCUGCACGACCGAGAGGACGACCUGCUGCACCAGAAGACGUGGAAAUCAUACGGUGUGUGGUUCGCUAUCGUUAGCAUAUCGUGGCUGGGGGCGUGGGUCAUUGCCGAAGCUGUGCCCGUGUUCAACCACCUGUUGGGCUUGACUUCGGCCUUGUUUGCAUCUUGGUUCACAUUCGGAUUGUCGGGCAUGUUCUGGAUGCACAUGAAUCUCAACGGCAAAUGGAGUUUGGGCAAGGCCUUUUUGUUUCUUCUCAACUGCGUCAAUAUUCUGGUCGCCGCCAUCUUAUUCGGGGUGGGAACAUACGCCAGCAUCUCGGCCAUGGUCGAAACCGGGACAACGAAUAAGCCAUUUUCGUGUGCCAACAAUGCAGGCGGGCGUUGA